AUGAUUGGGAUAAACCAUGAUUUUUUGUCUGCAAACUUUGUUGGAUAUCCGAUGGAAGAAAAAAAAACAUUGUGUUACGAAGAUUUUAAUAUUAAUAAAAAAAGAACAUCUCCUUUAAAAUAUAACAAUUUUAACAAUUAUGAGUACUUAAAAGAAUUAGACGAUCUUCGGGAAUAUAAAAGAAUAACUUCCCAAAAAAUAAAAAAGUAUGAAAGUUCUAUAUAUUCAUAUAAGAAUCAAUUAAGAAAUGUAAACAAAAAAAAACUCGAUGGAGGAAAAAUAAAUUUAAAAUUAAUAAACAUAUUUGUUAAUAAUAUAUGUGAUAUAAUAGAAUACCUAUGUUCUGAUAUAAAUAAAUCAGUCUUAUCCGUUCUUCCUUUCAUUCAUACCAUAUUGAAUACAAGUCCCAUCAGAGAUAAGAAAAUAUACCAGUGUUCCAAAUUAAUACAUAUAACUUUAACCCAGUUGAAGUGUAAAAAUGUAGUGAAUGAUAAAGAUGAAAUUCUUAGAGAAGAAAACGAAAAGGACUAUGAUUUAAGGACCCAUAAAUUAGACGAUUUAGAAUGGUUAGCUUGUGAAACUAAUGAUAAAGGUUGGUUAGCUAUUAGCGACAGAUGGGAAACAUGUCCCAAGGAUUUAAAAUGGUUAUGUGUAAAAAGAAAUAAUAGAUCGUGGAUAUUAUAUCGUCAUAUAUGGGAAAAUAGUUCAGAUGAUUUGAAAUAUAUAGCUAUAUUGUUUGAUGAUAAAAAAUGGCUACAUUUAUAUAAAAUAUGGAAGCUGAUUCCUUUAAGUUUAAAAUUUAAAGCGAUAAAUUCAAGGGAUGUAAAUAUUUGUAAACCAUCAUUAAGUGAAAUUAUUUUUAAUGAUAUUUAUAGUAAUAAUAUUUAUAAUAAUGAUAUUUAUAAUAAGGACAUUUAUAAUAAGGACAUUUAUAAUAAGGACAUUUAUAAUAAGGACAUUUAUAAUAAUGAUAUUUAUAAUGAUAAAAAAUUUGUGAAUAUAAAUUCAUAUGAUUCAUCAUCUAUAAAAAAUAAUUAUAGAACUAGUAGUAUGAUGGGAAAUUAUUACUUAAGAUAUAAUAAUAUGAAUAUGUAUAAAAAUUAUAUGGAUAAAAAUAUAUUGUCAUCAAAAUUAUAUGAGAACAUGCAAAAAAGAGAGGAUGCCUUAGAAGAAUCUUUAAAAUAUGAUUUAUAUAAAGCACAAAAGAAAAAAAAAGCUGAUGAUAGUAAUAAGGAUGAACAUAUAUUGAAACACACAAAUACAAAAAAAGGUGUAACUCAAAAGGGAGCUGAUAACUUAAAUGAUAAAUUGUUAAUGUCUAAAGAAAUCGAAAAGGAUAAAAAAGAAAAUGAAAGUUUUAAGAAAUUUAUGAUAUCAAGUGAUAAUUGUAAGAAUGGGAUCAUACAUUCUAUUCAUGCAUAUAAAGAAGGCAAAGAAAAACAAAAUGAUGCAGAUAGCCGAGUGGUCAUUCAAAAAGGUAUGAGUAAAAGUGUGUUACAUGAGGAAGGGGAGGUUAUCAAAAAGAAAGAAGAAGACCAAAAAAAUGAAAAGGAUGACAAGGAUGAUAGGUGGGAUGAUAAAAGGGGUAUCCUUUCACACAAACAAUUAGACAUAAAUAUAAUUAACAAUAGAUUAAAUUCCAAAUUUACUUUAAAAAAAGGUUGUAAAGAAAAUUUUAUUAAAAAUAUGUUGUUUAAUAAAAUAAAUGUACAACAAAAAGUAGAUACGGAUGAUGAUGAUGAUGAUGAUGAUGAUAAUGAUGAUGAUGAUGAUGAUGAUAAUGAUGAUGAUGAUGAUGAUGAUAAUAAUAAUAAUAAUAAUAAUAAUAAUAAUAAUAAUAAUAAUAAUAAUAGUAACAAAUAUGAAGAAAAAAAUAAAAGUAAUGAUGAAAAGAAAAAACAAGUUGAUAAGAAUGAUAUACCAGAAUAUACAAUUUCAGAAAUAAAUAUUUUAAAGAACGAAGAUAUUAAAAUAAAUAAAACAAAUAAACAAAAAAUUCAGUUGUUAGGAAAAAAAGAAAGUGAAAAAGGAAAAAAUAAAGAAAUUGAAAAAACGAUGAAUAAUAUACAAAAAAAGAAGUUACCAUCAUUAAAAAAUUUAUUAAAAAUGAAAGAAGAAUAUUAUUUUAAAAAAUUCUCAAAAAUGAUUAAAAAAAAAAGUAUUUUAGAAGAAUGUGUAUCUAGUAUACAGAAGAAGCAAACUAGUAAGUGUAUAGAAAAUUUUGAUGAAAAUUCAAGUGAUGAAUUUAUAGAUACUAAACAUAGUAAUUCUAUAAAAUGUGAUGAGAAAAUAUCUAAAAGAACAGUACCACUUGUAUUAAAUAAGUUGUCUAAAAUUAAAUUGUACAAUACAAAAAAAUUCCCUAUCCUAAUAAAAAAGCAAAAUUUUAAAGAACAUAUUAUUAAUAUAAAAGAAAAAGAUGCUUUGAAAACAAAUAAGAAAUCUACUAAUAAUUUAUAUCUUGAAAAUAUCCUAUUGAAAAGGAAUGGUAAUAAACAUAUUUUAAAAACGGGUAUGUCUAAUGAUAUACAAGAUGUGGUACCAAAAGAAACGUUAUUGAUGGGUGAGUUUUUCAAAAGUGAGGAUAUUAAUGAAAGGGAAAUUGAAAUAAAUAAAGAACAAAAAGAUGAGGACAUAAAAAAGGAGCAUCAAGGAAUGGUUACAAAUUAUUUUACAGAUUUACUUAAUGCAUUUAAUUUUGUUAAUACUCCAAAGGAGGUAGGUAGCUUUUUUGAUUUAAAAAAUAAGGAGGAUAAAAUAUUAUUGGAUGAGAAUUUAAUACGAAAAAAUUGUGCUUCACGGGAAGAUGAUAAAAGUGACGAUGAAAAAGAACAUUCACUAGAAAAGGCAAAUAAUAACAGAGAUGUGAUGAAGUUACAUAUAAAACCAAUGAAUUCAGAGAUGAUAAUGGAAGGAAAUAAUAUAAAUGAUGAAAAUAUAAAAAAGGAUAAUAUUAUUCCUAAUAAUAGUAUAAAUAUGCAAGAAAAUAAAUUACAAUAUAUAAAAACCUUGAGAAGUUUAACUUUAAACAAAUUCCCUAUAAAGAAUAAUUUAAAAGGGUAUACAAUAAAAAAAGAAUUGUUAACAAAAAUAAAAAAGAAGAAUAAUGAAGAAAAAUGGAUAUCUAUGGAAAGUGCCGAAUCUAAAUUAAACCAAAGUAAAAACCAGAGUAAUUCAUAUAUAUGUAAAGAUCCAAUAUUACAUUUUUAUACAAAUAAAAACAAAUCCUCAUUUUUAAAAGAUCCAUCGGAUUCUUUUAUGGAAAAUAACCAUAGUAAUAUUUUACAAAAGGUACUUGAUUCGGAUUUGUCUAAUUUUAAUAAUAUGAAUAAAAAAAAAAUGAUAGCUGAUGAAAUUGCUAAGCAUACAAAUGCUUCACUUUAUAUAACUGUUAAGAGAAAGGUAUCACAAUCUUCUCUGACAAAUUCAUCAAAAAUAAUACCUAAGAUAAAAGAAAAACCCAAAUUAUCCUUUUGA